CCUAGAUAAUGACAUACUUUUUUCACUUAUCAAAAAAUGGCAGAAUACAAGCUUACGUAUUUUAACUUGAAAGGACGAGGAGAAUUAUGUCGUCUACUGUUUGUGCUGGCGGAUAAGAAAUAUGAAGACCAUCGAUUUGAAAGAGAAGAAUGGAAAGUUUUAAAACCAUCUAUGCCACUAGGACAGGUGCCCGUAAUGACGGUAGGAGGGACACAGAUACCACAAUCCGGAGCCAUUAUUCGAUAUCUUGCCAGGGAAUUCGGAUUGUAUGGCAAGAACAAUAUGGAGAUUACAAUGGUUGAUGUUAUAAUAGAGACAAUUGAUGAAGCGAGGUCAGAGUUUGUAAAAUGGAUAAAAGAAGAGGAUGCAGCAAAAAAAGUAGAAAUAAGUAAAAAAUUGAAAGAAGAAGUUUUUCCUAAAUUCAUUACGUUUGUUGAGAAAAUGUUGUCGGAUAAUGGAGGACAAUUCCUGGUUGGAAGUGAGGUAACUCUUGCAGAUGUGGCUGUUUUUGAUGUUAUUUCAAGAAUAUCUGAUAUGUGGAGUCAGGAACUCAUGAAUAUGUCAACUGUAUUAAAAGCACAUUGUGAAAAGAUAGCGACCAUACCAAAUAUAAAGGCAUGGUUAGAAAAACGACCAAAGACAGCUCGCUGAAUCGUUAACCAAAUUUUGUUUAAACUAAUCAGACGAUAAUAUAAUUCUGUUUAAUUAAUUGUAUACCAGUAAAGUACUACAGAUAAACAGAUGUCUUCACUUUUAUUUAAACAUUGUAUUUCAACUUCAGUAGGUAUCAUGAAAUUUUUAGCCUUUUUUACAAUUAGCUCAAGCUUGUCUAAAUUAUUAGUAGUGUGUUAAAUGUGAUAAUGAAACAGUUUGAUCAAGAAGGCUCGAUUUUGACUCAUUAUAAUGAUUUAAGUAUGUUAUUGUCCAUAAAAUAAACCGUACUACGCAUA